AUGCACGUUGACCUCGCCCACACCCCACAGGGACUGGGCCGGGUGAACUUCAUCUUCACCCCCGUGACAUCCCUGCAGGCCUUCCUCACUGGCCUGGCCGGCUGCCUCACCGACGCGAACGGCCCCGCGAGCAGCACCACGCUGGACGCGACCUCCAAGGCGCGCUACACGACCUGUUCCACGAACCUGAAAGUAACGGAGACCACGAAAAUAAGGAACUGGGUCGCGUACCGCACUGGCUAUGCGUGCAUCCUCAAUGCCAACAGACUCGCUGCGACUGGAUGACCGUUUCCGCGGAUGGAUGCGAGAGGUUCGCGGGAGUCGCCGCGACUCGGCCUUUCGUCCCUGCGCCGAGUUUUUUUUUUCCCUGAUGGCAAGGAAGAACCGAAAAUCACGGUGCAUCUCUCACACAUCUUACAAGUUCAUAGCGGC